ACUAUGCGCCUGCGCAGGCUCGCGCACGUCGGAGGAGCUGUUGGAGGAUCAUGGCGGAGCGCAGGAGGCACAAGAAGCGGAUCCAGGAGGUGAGCGAGCCCACUAAGGAGGAGAAGGCGGUGGCCAAGUACCUCCGAUUUAACUGUCCCACCAAGUCCACCAACAUGAUGGGCCACCGAGUGGACUACUUCAUCGCCUCCAAGGCAGUGGACUGUCUGCUGGACUCCAAGUGGGCUAAGGCUAAGAAGGGAGAGGAGGCGCUCUUCACCACCAGGGAGUCGGUGGUGGAUUACUGCAACAGGCUCCUGAAGAAGCAGUUCUUCCACCGGGCUCUCAAAGUGAUGAAGAAAAAACCAGAGAAGGAGAUCAAGAAAGAGAAGGAGAAGGAGAAGGAGAAGGAGAAGGAGAAAGAGAAGGAGAAGGAGAAAGAGAAGACCAAAGGCGACAGCAGCAAAGAGGAGGAGAAAAAAGGGAAGAAGGAGAAAGAGAAGAAGAAAGAGUCCGACGUUGCUGAAACCAAGAAGGAGAAGAGCGAUGACAGUCCAGGAACUCCCAAGAAGAAAAAAGACGUGAAGAAGAAAUUCAAACUGGAGCCUCAUGAGGAUCAGCUGUUUCUAGAUGGAAACGAGGUGUUUGUUUGGAUUUACGAUCCUGUUCAUUUCAAGACGUUUGCCAUGGGACUGAUACUCGUCAUUGCAGUGAUAGCAGCCACGCUGUUCCCACUGUGGCCGGCAGAGAUGCGUGUUGGAGUGUACUAUCUGAGUGUAGCCGCAGGCUGCUUUGUGGCCAGCAUAUUGCUCCUUGCUGUCGCCCGCUGCAUCCUCUUCCUGAUCAUCUGGGUGGUGACGGGCGGCCGCCACCACUUCUGGUUCCUCCCCAACCUAACGGCAGACGUCGGCUUCAUCGACUCGUUCCGGCCGCUCUACACUCACGAGUACAAGGGACCGCGCGCAGGCAGCAAGAAGGGCUCCGACAAGACGGACGAGAAGGAGGAAGGCGGCAACAAGGCUCAGAAAUCAGACAGCGACGAGAAGUCCGACAGCGAGAAAAAGGACGGCGAUGAGGAGGAGGAGGAAGAGGAAGAGGAGGAGAGCAAGGAGGUGGAGGAGAGUAAAGAGGCGGAGGGGGAGGGAACGGGGGCGGAGCGCCAUUCAGACACAGACAGCGACCGGCGGGAGGACGAGGGCUCGCAGCACAGCAACGGAAACGACUUUGAGAUGAUCACCAGGGAGGAGCUGGAGCAGCACACGGAGGAGGAGGAGGAGGAGGAGGAAGAGGAAGUGGAGGAGGAAACGAAAGAGAGGAAAGAAGAGGGGGAGAAUGAGACAAGUCCCCAGACUGCUGAAACAUAAACUUCUCACAAUCCCAUCACACUUUCUCUCUCUCUUUCUCUGCCCUCCCCUCCCUCCCUUCCUCCUGCCGAGGCAGAGGAGCGGCUCCAUCUCUCCGUGUUGAGAUCUUCCACUAAACAGUUCCGGGGCAGGACACACCAGGGGAAAGAAAUCAUGGCUACGACAAUGGGGGAUGAAUCAUUUAAAAGAAGCCUUACGGUGGAUCUGAGUCCUCCCACCCACAUGUUAUUUAUGUCAAAACGAAAACUGCCACCAACUUGUUCUCCUGAGGAAGAUUGUCCUUUUUUUCUCACGUCGACUUUGUUUUGGUGUCGUUUCCUCUCAAAUUGUUUUUAUUUAUGUCUCCUUUCUUUAAAAGUCAGUGUCCGAGCCCCCCCCCCCCCCCCCCCCCCCCUGUUGUCUUCGAGCUCCAUGUUGUUAGUACAAUCACGUUAGCCACAAAGCCCUCGUUCUUUCUUUCUUUUGGGGAUGUGACAGGAGAACGCUCCGCAUCCUGUUGAACGCCAGCGGCCUGAAAGCUUUCUCGGGCAGCGCUUAAAGGAGCAAUUCACCCAGAAUCAAAGACAUGCAUCUUCCUCUAACCUGUUGUACAAUUAGCAAUCUAGAUUGUUUUGAUGAGGAGGACUCCAUUAAUGUUUACAUCUCACUCUGCCACUAGCAAGAGCUGCUCGGUAACGGUUGGCGGGGAUAGUUGGGUAGAAAGAGAAGGUCUGUGGAUCAUCCUGAGAAACCCAGUCAUGAUUUGUAGAAAAGGAAAGUGGUGUUAAGGUUCUCAAUUCGACUUUUUUGGUACUUUUAGUAUUAUAAGACGAGUGCCAUGUAGUUCCAUAAUAUUUACAAGAGAAGUGAGCCAUCCUACUGCUGAUAUCUCCAACAAUGGGCAACUCACAAAGACAAACACAAGCUAGAUUGAUAACAAUGCUAAACAGGCAAGAGGAAAAAUAUCUAUCUUUGAUUUUUGGGGAGAACUUUCCCUUCAAAUCUAACUGACCAGCAUGUCUGCUUUGAAACCCACACCCAGCCAGAUGGACCAAACCCUGAAGUUUACUCGAAGAAAGCUAAAGUCGACCAUGUUGUGGCUGGAUGGAGUGUUGUUAGAGUAGUACAGCUAGCUGAGGUACAUUUUCAGCAAGGACAAAUGUUGAUGACAGUGCGAGCAGGUCGUGUUUAACAUUGUGGGACUCAUCUUAAUGUGAUCACCUGGGACACAGCUGGCUGCUUUGUUUUCAGUUGUCGUAAAGCUAAAGCUAGAAGAGGUUUAAUUCUCUAACUGUUUAUCGCAAACCGAACCAGAUAUAAACUCUAGUGCCAAACGCGACUAAUGGUGUGAUGCAGGCUCGUACAGUGUGGAUUGUGAGGGCGAAGGUACGUUUCGGUUGAUUUGUUGAUUUUGUAACCGCCGUGUCAAACUCCUUAAACGUCUUUGAACAAAUAAAAUGAUGAAAAGCGCAGCACAGAGUUGUGAGUGUAGCUAAAGAAAGAUUUUUGGUCUCAAUGAAACCGUUUAGACGCCCAUCGUAAACCAUUUCUGUCUCUCAAAGGCCGUCAUGUGAAAAUCCAGACUGCAGUUUAAUGUCCAGUCAAAGCCGAGUCAGGGGCAGCCGCGGUCCAGUCGGACCUCUCGCAUCACUUUCUGCCUAGAAGACGAAGAUGCUCUCGUUAGUCUUAGCGAGCAUUAUAUUUAAGUAUAAUAAAUGGUAUCAUUUAUAUAUGGAUUCUAUGGAUAUAUCAAAUAUAAACAUAAUAAACUAUAAAACUUUCCUUUCGUUUUGUAUUAGGAGGAGGUAUCAUUUUUAUUUGUAAUGCUUUUUAGUUUUUUAUACGAUCAUAAAGAGCAAACUCAUUAUUUAAAGGAAACAUCUGGGAUUAGAGUAACAGUGGGAAUUUAUUACAUACAUGGUUUUUAUUAUUUUCCACCGUAACAUUGAUUGUUCCACGUGGAUUUGUUUCACUAACAUGGUCAGUUAUUAACCCGAGUUUAAAAAGCCAGUGGCAAAAUCUCUCGUCGUCAAACAUGUUAAUAUAUUCCACACAGCUCUGUACAGUUUCUGUUUCCCCUGAAAGUGAACUCGCGUAGACUGUGUUUAGUACUUCUGUCUCCUGUAAUCCCACUGAGGUUUGUAGCUCUUCAUCUUUCUCAUGUUUUUUCUUUUUGAUUAUAUUUGUUUUCUUCCCAAGACGGGCAAAGUGCAUCUCUGUGUCCUGAGUUGCCAGUUGCUGUACUCUAAAUAUUGGCAUAACCAUUUCACAAAAGAGGAAGAAAAAACGAUUCUCCCAAGUGUUCCUGACUGUUGCACAGUAUCGGUCUGUUGUAUAUUGUAGUAUUAUUACACUAUGCUGCUGCUUCUUCUAAUCGCACAUUUCUGGGGGAAAUAAAAAAGUGAAAUUGUAAAACAUCAUGUUUCAUCUAUGGUCAAAAACCUGUCUUUUGAUCACCUAGUUGUCUUCAUUCUGAUCUAUUUCAUUCUGAAGACUGUCUCAUGCAAUAUUGGAGUAAACUUUAAUAAAACUGGAUGUCUGGAAAUAUAUCUGUAUCUUAUCAUUGCAAUAAAAAUAUAGAAAGCACACAA